AUGCAGCCUAUCAUCGCGUCCUCUCGCCAGAGCAUGCAGACGGUGGAGUUCAUUGUGUCCCUGACCAUGCUGCACGGCAGGCGGUGCUUCUACCCGGCCCUGCGGGACGCCCUGGGGAUCGCGGUGUCGCGGCUGCGGGACCUGACCUCCCUCGUGCACAACAUACAGCUGGGUUCUGUGUAUCAGGACCUCUACAGCUUCUGGGACGAGUCGUUGGACUUGUACAAGCAUGUAUUGCCCGCCUGGCGGAUCGCGGAGGCCGCGGCCUUCUUUGCGGACGCGCUCACCUCCGUGCGCCUGGAGCUGGACAAGCUGCACGAUGCGGAGGAGGGCGGCAUCGUUGUGCCAGCGGUGGGCGUGCCAGACUGGCACGACGAGAGCGGGGCGUUCUCGCAGAUGAACUUCCUGCACCGCCAGUUCGGGAACGGCUGGCACCUGGACCGCGGCCUCGUCGCCGGCCUGGUGCGGCUCUGGGCGCCGCCCGCGGGCGCGCCCGGCGAAGGCUGCCAUACCUCGGUCGUGGACUUCGGCGCCGGCGCGGGGCACUACUGCGACUUCUUCAACAGGACGGGCGAGUAUUGCUGCGUGCCCUAUGACGGCUCGGUGCACGCGCCGGAGUACACUGGAGGGGUCGUGCAGACGUUGCGGCUUGACCAGCCCGUGCACCUGGGGCGGCUCUUCGACUGGGUGCUCUGCCUCGAGAUGGCGGAGCACAUCCCAGCCGAGUCCCAGGAGGCCUUCCUGGGCAACCUCCGGCGGCACGCGCGGCGGGGACUGGUGCUGUCCUGGUCGACGGAGAGCGGCGGGCCGCACCAGAACGCGCGGCCGAUGUCGGAGGUGCUUGGGCUCGUCGAGGGCCUCGGUUUCAGGCUGGACGUCGAGGCAUCGGAGGCGCUGCGGCCCCAGAUCUCGUGGCUCCGCGGCGCCGUGCGCGUCUUCCGCCUCGGCGCGGCGUGA